CAGAAGAGAACAUGACUGGUUUAUCAAAAUAUCUCAUCAAGUUUCUGCUUCAMCUUUUUUUUAUUCUAUUGACUUCUUCAAUGAASGCGAAAUCGGAAGGAUCAUCUUUCAGCAAAAUGCCGUUCYACAAGCUCGAUGGGAACAUCAUUCAAGCCAUUGCAGUGCCAAACAUUCYUCAGUGUUGUUGGAAAUGUGAUCGUUYACCAGAGUGUUUCUCGCUGAACGUGGCUGWUGUGCCUGACAAARAUGGUUUGUACGAAUGUCAGAUGCUCCGAACUGAGACCAACAAAUAUUCUGSACUAUUAAAACCAUCCCAACACUACCACCACUAUACUCGAUUAGUUGACAAAUGCACAAGAGUAAGCUGUCUUAAUGGAGGAACGUGUGAAUCCAAUGGAUGUUUUGACUUCCGGUGCAUAUGCCCGCAAGGAUUCACGGGACAUCUGUGCGAGGAAAAAACCUCGAUUGCCGGUUCUUCAAAAUCUUCGUCGUGCAAAUGGGCGAAAAUAAACCCAACUCCUGUCUGCUUUGGAACCAGAAACUCGUCAUUCGGUCGAUUCUACGUCAAACAGCCWGCAGCAGUGACGUCAKUCAAGCUGGUGCACCUAUCAGGAUUUKUCACGUGUGAUGUAAACGACCAAUCAUCAAGAAGCUUCUGGGGAUGCGCUGCAUACCAAUCCCAUUCGGACAAACUCUUAACUAUCAUCACCAACAACCUUAACCAAAGGAUCCUUCCCCAGAAUGAGUUUAUUACCAACUUGCUUCACCUGGAGUACACUAUUCCUCAGGUCACAUCUUUGUCUUCAGAACUCUCGUACCAGAACUUUGCUAUUCCAAUGAUUGUCACCGCUGGUCAGGAGUUUCGCAUUUGGUAUGGGCCUGAUCUCCAAGACAACGGAGAAGAAAACAGCGGAGGGACAGCUGAUGUUGACGUUUAUGUGUGUAUUGCAAGCAUUAUUUAGGAUAGGAUAAUAAUAACGACAGACGGGAGGUAUGACUGGAAAUUAUUUUAAAACUAUCGAAUACAAAACAAAUAUGCAUAUACUAAAGUGCACAGGCGAACUUAAAAAAUUAAUGAAUUAUAGUGAUCUUGGUGAUCUCGCGAAAAAAUAGAGUCUGCUGAACCGAGCUGCUAAUUAGUUGCCAUUAUGCACGAGCUAUUGUCUGAACCAGCCAAUAAGAGCGGACCUUCAUAUCCCAUAUCAUUAAACAGGUCCACAUCCAUAUCCUGCAAAGCAGACUAAAAGAAUCGUGGAUAUUUCUUCAUUUUUGUCUUYUUAAAUUUAGAAAUUGCAUCAAGUAGUAAGUAUGAAGUAUCUAGCUGAUCUGAGAGAAAAUGUUGGCCAAUCAGAAUCGAGAAAAUUUGCAAAACUAARGUGUCACUAGUUCCUCUUGAAAUUAUAGAUUUC